CCGUGCGCGAGCGGCCGCCAGGAUGCGCUACGCCGACCCCUCCGCGAACCGGGAUUUGUUGGGGAACCGAACUUUACUCUUCAUCUUCAUCUGCGCCUUCGCCUUGGUGACCUUGCUGCAACAGAUCUUGUAUGGCAGAAACUACAUCAAGAGAAGCCUCCAGUUUGGCUGGCAGAGUGGCGACCAGCUGGCCAAUUGGACGGGGCUCUUUAAUGUCACGGACGAACCAGCAGUGCAGAGCGGCAGUGACUCCAGCUCCAGGUACUUUGAAUUUUACGAGGGUCCAUUUGAAUAUAACUCCACAAGAUGCCUGGAGCUGAGACACGAAAUCUUGGAAGUGAAGGUGCUGUCCAUGGUGAAGCAGUCCGAGCUAUUCGACAGAUGGAAGAGCCUACAGAUGUGCCGAUGGGCGAUGAAUAUCUCUGAAGCCAACCAGUUCAAGUCCACUCUGUCCAGGUGCUGCAAUGCCCCCUCCUUCCUCUUCACUACACAGAAGAAUACACCCCUGGGGACAAAGCUCAAGUAUGAAGUGGACACCAGUGGCAUCUACCACAUCAACCAGGAGAUCUUCCGCAUGUUUCCUAAGGACAUGCCCUACUACCGGUCCCAGUUUAAGAAGUGUGCAGUGGUGGGCAACGGAGGCAUCUUAAAGAACAGCCGCUGUGGGAGGGAGAUCAACAGUGCUGACUUUGUCUUCCGGUGCAACCUACCCCCCAUCUCGGAGAAGUACACCAUGGAUGUGGGAGUGAAGACGGAUGUGGUCACUGUGAACCCCAGCAUCAUCACAGAGAGGUUCCACAAGCUGGAGAAGUGGCGGCGGCCCUUCUACCGGGUGCUGCAGGUGUACGAGAACGCGUCGGUGCUGCUGCCUGCCUUCUACAACACGCGCAACACCGACGUGUCCAUCCGCGUCAAGUACGUGCUGGAUGACUUCGAGUCGCCGCAGGCCGUGUACUACUUCCAUCCGCAGUACCUGGUCAACGUGUCGCGCUACUGGCUCAGCCUGGGGGUGCGCGCGAAGCGCAUCAGCACCGGCCUCAUCCUGGCCACGGCGGCGCUCGAGCUCUGCGAGGAGGUGCACCUGUUCGGCUUUUGGGCCUUCCCCAUGAACCCCUCGGGCCUCUACAUCACCCACCACUACUAUGACAACGUCAAGCCCCGUCCCGGCUUCCACGCCAUGCCCUCCGAGAUCUUCAACUUCCUGCACCUGCACAGCCGAGGCAUCCUCCGCGUGCACACGGGUACCUGCACUUGCUGCUGAGGGCGGCACAGGCUGGCCGGCCACCUGGGCGGGCAGAACCUCGCUCCUCCUCUCCUUCCUGCGCCCGGCAGUGCUUGGGCCCGCAUUCAGGUGGUCACUACCUCGGGCAUUCGGCUUCCUGCUUGGGUAUCGUGUGGGCCAGGAGGCACGGAAGGGGGGCCCCGGCAGAGUCAGCUCUGUGCUAAGCCUCCUGGCCUCAGCUGGGGCCUUGUGUCCCCACCCUGCCCGAGAGUAGCAUGCUGCUGGGCCACUCCUGGAGAACAGAGGCCUUGAGGUUUGCGAGUGAAUCAAGCACAUUUGCACUCAAGUUUAGCAUUGGGGGGAACACAGACCAUGUCGCAGCUGAAGGAAGGCCCUACAGCAUGGACAAGGGGGAGACUGGGCCUGUGGUCAAGAUUUAAUUCAGACUUUUGGCUUCCUGAGUUUUAUACUGAGGCCUCUGCUGUGAAUCGCUAUGUAGAAUCUCAGAGCUUACAGAUUAACCCAGCAGCCAGACCUUCCUGGGAAGACAGAAUGGCUCAGGGAGGUCCAGGGUCUUAACCACGCCCUUUCAAAACACAUCCUCAGACACACACACACACACACACACACACACACACACACACACACAUAUGCACACACGCACAGUCUUGGUGCCUCUGGGUUCAAUCCUGUUUGAUCUGAUGAGAAGGAUCAGCCAUUUGCACUAAGGUUUUCAAGCCAAUGUGAUUGACUCAAUACGUGCUUAACAAUUUGCUUCCUCUCGUCUCCUUAUUUUCAGCUCUGUUUUAACCAGGAGUUAUUUAUAAGAUCUGUUCCUCUUGAUGCUCCAGCGUACUUCAGAAUCCUGCUAUAUUGUGUUUCCGAGCUGUGGGCCCCGGGCUGGAAAGCACUGAGAUCUAACCGAUGAGCUUUGCAGAGGGGAGUGCAUCCAGGCCUCCGACACCAGCAUCACUGAGGCUUCUCCUGUGAAGGCGGGACUUCCCACAUCACACAGCCAGGCGGCCUUCCCACUCAUGGACCCAUGUGGCCUGUGCUUUGGGAAGCUAACUGCGUCUGGGCCGAAAGGGGUUAACAUGGCAUUUCACAUCUGAA